AAUGGAUACACCAAACAUGUAAAGAAUAUUAUAUUUUUAAGAUAAGCAGCUGGAGCUAGACCAAAUAAAUAAACAUUUGAUUAAGCUCCAUCAACAAGACAAGUGUAAAUAUUGUUUACUUAUUUAGAAUCCAAAAUAAAUCUGAUAUAUUUGGAAUCAAUACCCCCGCACCUGCUCCAUAAAUAUCAAGAUAAAGUGCAAGACCUAAAACUGAUAUUUUUAGUAAUGAAUGUCCACAAUAAAAAUAAUCAGAAGUAUUCGACCUAUUUUAGACAUAUUAGGUUAGAUAAAAUUAAACUUUUUAAUCUUAAAUAUUUUCAUAAGAAAUUGUUUAAAAUGUACCUCCACCUUAACCGACUCGUUCUAAUUAAACAUUUGAAAAUUCUUAACAAGAAGUAAAAAGAUUUUAAAAAAAAAAUAAUGAUAAUCGAUAAGUUGAUCAUGGUAAAGACUUUCUAUUUGGAAAGAGUGGUAAUAAUAAUUAUUAUAUCAAUUACAGAUUUUGAUGAAUAUAAAUCAUUCAAAAGAGCAGCAACUUUGAGUGAAUUCAAACCAAAACUAAAUUAUGAUCCAUAAAAUAGAAGAAAUAAAGAACUUUAUGGAAAUGAAAUAGCACGUGAACAUCUUCCUACUAAAGAAGUUAAUUUAGAAAUUUCUAGUCCUUAAAAAUAAAAAAAAUAAACAUAAUAAUAAUAAUAAGAAUAGAAUCCAACAAAUAGAAAAUUAAUUGAAAAUCAAUCAAGUGUUUUUGGAGAUUCUCCAAUGUAUAACUUAUAAUUCUAUUUACAGUAAGGUUGUAGGUAAUCAAAAAGUAGAAAAAUUGACUGCUUCUACUUAAAAAUGGAGUACUGUUGGAGGAUAAAGCAAUAAUUAAGUUAAAGAUUUUGAUCCUGAUACAUAUGCUAAAAAUAGAAAAGAAGCUGAAUUAUAAUCAAGUGUAUUUGGUGAGUAACCAAUAAAGGUUUAAACAGUUGCAAUUCCAGAAUAAAAAGAAGAGUCUGAGAUAUAAUAAGGUAUUAUCUCAUUCUAAAUAGAUUAAAAAUAAUAGGAAUAAAAAGUUUAAAAACCAAAGGAAAGAUUGAUACCAAAUAAUUAAACAUGGUAAUAGACUGAUUCAGUCAAAAAUAUGAGAGAUUUUGAUCCAGCAUAAUCAUAAGUUAAAGAAGAUGUUGAACCAUCUUAAAAAAAAAUGGAUGCUUUAAAAUCAACUUUAGAUACUCAUUAAUUUGAAGCAUAAUAAAUUCCAGCUAACCAAAAAAUAUCAAAUAAAAGUCUUAAGGUAUAAAAUAUAAAUUUAUCAAAUAAAGUAAAAAAAAGACAUAAUUUAAAGAGAGGAGAAAAAAACUAAAGAGAAAGCAUCAACAAAAGCAUAAUCUAAGAAAAAAUGAUGUAUUUAUAUCAUAUCAUAUAGUAUU